CGAGAAACAUAUAUAUAAACGAUUUAUUGGAUAAAUACUUUUAUUCUGCAUUCCAAACAUUCAGUACAACCGUGUUGACAGCAUGACUUUUCAACAGGUGAUUUUGGGGUCACACCUGAUUUAACUUUCACCACACAGUCACAAAACACACAAUGUCAGCAAGAAGAAUUCGUGUGAUAGCUGCCAGAAACCAGAACCCUCGGUACGUUCAGGCUGGUCGACAAGAUGUAGUCAGUAGAAAAAAGGAAGAAAGACAAAUCAAACAACAACAUCGAAGAGAGAAACAGAUUGACUCAUAUUUAGCAGAUGAUGAAAAUUUUCCAAGUUUCUCUACACAGUUAGGAAAAUUAGGUCUUCAGCUUAGAGACAUUCCUGGUGAUGGAAACUGUUUGUUCAGAGCACUUGGUGACCAGUUAGAAGGACACUGUCGUAAUCACUACAAGUACCGCUUCGAGAUUUGUAACUACAUGUCUGAACACAGAGAAGAGUUUGAACCCUUUGUAGUAGAUGACACACCAUUUGAAAAAUACAUUAAGAACCUGAGUGCUAUAGGAACCUAUGCCGGGAAUGAUGCCAUUGUGGCUUUUGCUAGGUUGUAUCAAAUCAAUGUUGUUAUACACCAACUUAAUUCACCAUUUUUAUUGAUUCAGGGACCUAAGACACAAAGUCAAACAACAAAACAGAUACAUAUCUCCUACCAUAAUGGAGAUCAUUAUUCCAGUGUACGUAAACAUGGAGAUAAUACAGAGUCUCCGGCUAAUAUCAGGGUAAAGAUUGGGAAUGACACACAAUCAGCAGCUGGGAAAAAGGCACAGGCCAAUGGUGUCAUGAAUGGGGACAUCCCACAUUGUGGCAGGGUCGUCAAAGCUGUCAGAGAUGUUGAGAUAAUAGAACAGGAGAUAAUGGCUGCCACAGGUUGUGAUGACUUGACAAUGAUACAUGAGUCACUGUAUGAAUGUGAUAAUGAUGUUGAUAGUGCUAUUGCCCAUAUAUUACAGAUCAUGACUCUAACAGAUGAAAGUUUUAAUACAGAAACUUCCUCCGAGGUAUCACAACGAACAUCAACAGAUAGUGGAGUGUGUACUGGUAACAAUUCUCCUGUGUCUAACCAUGUAAGAGACAACAGUUAUGGUGGCAGCUCUGGAUAUGAUUCUAUAAGCAGUAAUGGAGGAGCUAGACCUAAAAAGGAUACCAGGGUGUCAGCUAAAGAAAGAAAGGAAGCAAAGAAGAUGGAGAAGAAGAAAAGAGCAGAGGAAAGACACAGGAUGAAAGUUGGAGGAAUGAAAACACAGUUUAGUGAUGAUGAAGAUGUCCACACGGUCAUUACUAAAGAUAUAGCUAUGAUGAAAAUCUAAGCAGGAUUGUUUUAAUCUUUCAUUUUUAGCAAGAGAAGUGAAAGAAAAAUGUUGUGGUUAUACUCCUUCAAUUUUUGAAAAUGAUGUAAAAAGUAGAUAGAUAUAUAUGAAAAAGACUUGGAAUUACUCAGGCCUGAGAAAUGUAUAAUUAAAAUAUGCUCAAUUUUACAGAAAGAUUAUAUGAAUCUACAAAGCUGUACUACAGUUUUCUUCUAUUGUAUUUAUAUGUCUAAUGCAGGGUUGUAAUGAAGAGACCUGAUAACUGACAGCUUUAAAUGAUGAAAAUAUCAUUUUUAUUUGACUUUGUCCAAAUGUAUAUUUAAAGGAGUUUUUUCUAAAAGAAAAAGGAAAGCCUUAAUAUUAAAUUCAAUAGAUAUCAGAAAAAAAUGUGAGGUGAGUUCAAGUUCAUACUCUCUGCUCCCCAUUUAUACAUUCACGGCAAAGUUAAAUUUAUUGCUAUUUGCAACCCCUUUUAUUGAUUGGGUCGUACAAAGUCCUAAACCAGCUUAUAUUAUGAUGAUAGGCAGGAGAGCGGAAUGAUGGGUGGGCUUAAGACUAGAUGUAUUAGAUAUAUUUCAAGUCUCAAUUGAUUAAAACAAGUCUCAAUUUAAUCAAAAAUUAAGUGUGGUAAAAGGGUAAUAUCAAGAUUUUUUAAAGCAAAAUUGUCUCAAAAGGAUUGAGUAUUAAGAUGCAUAAAUGAAUUUAGUAAUAAUUAUUUCAGCUAUAAUUAACACAAAUAUGUUAUAAAUUACCAAGAAAAAUCCUAUAAUCAUUGUAAAAAUGACAUUUAUAGACUUGUAUGUAAUAGUAGUACCUAUAACCAAGUAACAGCACAGGAUUUAUCUGAUAUUUGAUGUUUUAUAUAAACAUAUGUAAAUAUAUAUUACUCCUUAAGAUUUUAACGAUAAAUUUAGAGAUUAACACACUUUUUACAUGUUUCAACGAGUCCUUUUUAUGACAUUGAGAGAUCUGUCUUUCAUAUCUUGACUAAUCCACUUUUCAAGUGACAAUAAGAUUUGCCGAUUUUAUCAGAGUUUAUUCACUAUUGCAGGACAUACAUUAUUGCAUUUUGAUUUGAUUUGUUUUUAAAUCUGACUAUGCAUGAACUACUUGCCACUGGACAUUUUGGGUAAAGAAAAAUCAGUCAUGUUUAAUGGUGAAAUUAUAUUUCUGUAGGACGUCAUUUUGUUUACAGAUAUUAUUCACACAUGUUCUGUGUUGGCAUGGUUAUAAGAUCAUUCAUUAUUCCGGUGGUGAUAAUUCAAAAGUGUUUCAUGCAGAGGACAUUUACCACUGUCACAUUGAAUGACUUGAUUUUUUUUAGAAUAAGCAUUUCAAUAUAUGUAAGUUUUCUUUCUCAUAACAAGUAAACUUUUUGCAUAACUAUAUAAUACAAAAUUAGAUUUUGGGUAACCCCCAGGGAGGCUGCAACCCAUCAACUCAUUUUGAAAUUGACAAACUUUUCUUGCAAGUUGCAAAAAGGGUAGACAAGCAAAUUCAUAAGUUCAAAGUCGAGGAUGAUGCAAACUAUAUACAGAUUUUGUAAGAUGAGUUAACAAUUAUGCAAGGUUUCAUCUGAUAUAGACCUGAACCAUGUUGAAUUAUAUUUAUAGCUACUCUAAGCCCAUGUGUCAUUUUAGAAAAAAAUUAUAUUUUUAGCUGAAAGAGAAAAUGUGUAUGGGAGUAUUAGACAUAUACUUUGAUCUCUUAUUCUUCUAUGUAGAUUUAACUAUUAAAACCAGGGUUUCAUUGAAUUGUAGUUGUUACAGUAAAAUUAUAUGCAAUGUGUUAUAUACCAAGUAUUAAUUAUACUAGAGCCAGUAACUAAUUUUGUGUAAAUUUUAAAAUGUUUUAUUUUAUAUGUAGAAAUAUGUCUCCGUUCUUACAUGCUGCCCAUAUUGUUAUAAUACUGUAAAUAUAAUCACUAAAACUAGAUUGACUCAGAAAAAAAAUUGAUGUUGGUUUUUCCAAUUUUCAUCAGAAUUAUACCUGUUUUUAAUGUUCAGGCUUCUGUUAAAUUGUGGUUCAAACAAAAAAAAAUGCAAAAUUUCCAAAAAUAUCAAAACGUGAAAUUGGGAAUAUUAUUUUUUCAAAGUUGUGUUGAAUCUGUAUUAAAAAAAAGAAGUUAAGGAUCAUCAUUACAGGGUUAAAAUCAUGACAGUAUUCAAUUUAAAUGUGUAUAUUAUAUAAUUGUAUAUAUGUUAAUUAUAUGUUAAUGACCCUUGUUUUGUUACAGUUUCUUAUACUAUUUACAUGACAUUUUAUAUACAUUGUAUUUGUUCUUGUUUUGGGGUGUUCCAGAAUUAAACAAAUGGAGGAUGUGGAAGUCAUUUUUAGACCCAAACCACCCAUAGUAUGAAAUUUUCAUAAUUAAUUAUAAUUCCUAUAAAAUUCUAAGAAAAAAAACCAACCCACAAUUAAUUAAUUUAAAGGGCUCCAAUCGCUCAACCACAACCACCAUCAAUUUUAGAACAGCCCUAAGCAUACAUGAAUAUUCGUUUCAUUUAUGAUUACAUUCUUUUGAAGACAUUAAGCACAUUCAAGAUAUUUCAACAAUUUUACUUAUCUAGGAAAUCAGUUAAUAUAUGGAACAUCCAAGUUCUUGACUGUGAUUUCAGUGCAUGUUUAUAUUUUUUAUUUUGAGAUGUACACCAAGUGCUUAUUUACAAUUUGUUGUCAUGACAAUUAAUGUGAAAUCUUUUUGUUUCAGAAGAUCAUCGAAAAAUAAUUAAGUUUUGUUUUGCAUACCCUAAUGUGUCUUUCAGAAUAGAAAAGGUGUGGAUUUUAAUUUUUCAAGAAUGGUAAAAAAAAAGAAACGUGUAUCAUAAAAAUAUAAAUCAAUACAUUACAUUUUUACUUAUUUAUAGUCAAUGUGUUUAUGGUUAUGGAUUUGAUGAAAUUGGAAGACCCAAUACAAUCAGAAAAAAUGAAAGAAAACCACAAUGAAAAAUUUAUCAUUGAUGCAUAUAGUUUGUAGAAAAGGGUUUAUUGGGGUUUGAAGCACUUGACAUGAAAAGAAAAUACUCAUAUAUAAGAUAACUUGAUGUCUGCCUUGAAAUUGAUAGUCUGUGUCAGCAAUAUGCUAUACCUUGAUGUUCAAACAUUUUGUAGCAAGAGUUGUCUCAUGAUUUGGAACUCUAUUUUAGCCACAAUUCUUUCAUUUGUAAAUAUGUGAUAAUGUUAUAUAAUGCAAUAGAAAUGUAUUCACAUAUCAAAAGGGAUUUAUAUGCCCAGUUUAUGUUUUGUGUUAACUCAUAUUUGCUUGUUGAAAUUAUAUUAAAAAAUUAUUUUAUUAA